ACUAACACAGCCAUGCCAGGGCAGAGACCGACACCACCACACUGCUCUCCGAUGCUGCUGAUGCUGUUCAUGUUCUCCUGGCUGCCGUCGCGAGGCGCCCUAUCUCUGGCCCAGGAGCACCUCCCCACUUUCCCGGGACCCUCAAACGUGCACUCCAGUCCUGAUGUCUCCAGAUUCCGGGAGUUGCGGAAACGCUACGAAGAUUUGCUGACCCGGCUUCGAGCGAACCAGACCCGGGAAGACUCGAACCCGGACCUCAUUCCCCUUCCUCAAGUCCUGGUAGUCACUCCAAAGCUGCGACUUGGACCAGGCGGCCACCUGCACCUGCGCAUCCCCCGGGUCGACUUAACUGAGGGGCUCCCGGCAGCCUCCCGCCUGCAUAGGGCCCUUCUCCGGCUGUCCCCGAAGGCGCGGAGCUCGUGGGACGUGACGCGGCCACUACAGCGUCAGCUCAGCCUCGGAAGCUCCCGGGCUCCCGCAAUACGCCUGCGACCGUUGCGGCGACCGGACCAGUUGCUGGAGGCAUUGCCUUCUGCACAGCCCCAGCUUGAGCUGCACUGGCGGACAAGCGCCACCAGGAGGCGACGCCACGCGCAUGCUCGCACCCGGGACGGUUGCCCGCUAGGGGAGGGGCGCUGCUGUCGCCUGCAGAGCCUGCGCGCGUCGCUCGAGGACCUGGGCUGGGCUGACUGGGUGUUGGCGCCGCGCGAGCUGGACGUGCGCAUGUGCACCGGCGCGUGCCCGAGCCACUUCCGAUCGGCUAACACGCACGCGCAGAUGCAAGCGCGCCUGCACGGCCUGAACCCUGAUGCUGCGCCUGCCCCAUGCUGCGUGCCAGCCAGCUACGAUCCGGUGGUGCUCAUGCACCAAGACAGCGACGGCCGCGUGUCACUCACGCCCUUCGACGACCUCGUGGCCAAGGACUGCCACUGUGUGUGAGCAGCCCUGGUCCUUCACUUAUGGCACAAAUGCAAUGGAAAUGACUUCAGUUGUCGUUGUCUGUCUAAUGGGCUCGUGGAACCUGAAAUACCCGAUUCCUAACCAUUGCUGUCUGCUCCCUCCUGGCCCAAACCUAUGUAUUUAUGUUUGUAUUUAUUAUUAAUUUAUUGGGGUGAUCUGCCUGGGGACUGGAGGGCUGGGGAGGCGUGGUCUGACAGGGUGUGCGU